AUGGGGUGGGGUGCUUCAUCUUGUGCUGUGGAGCCACACACCAUAAAGCUAAGAAUCUUUUGCAAAAACAUGGAUAUGGGGAAGGAGAAAGCCCUACUUACAAAUAUGACAGUGUUGGGUUAUGUGGUUGGGGUUAGGGUUAGGGUUAGGGAUGAGGUGGGUCCACGCAGCAGCAUCGGUGAAUGGUGGGUGUUUAAUACAACCUUGGUGAGUGCCUCGGGAGUGUGA